GGGAAGAGCGACAGUGACCCUGGAAGAGGCGGCGAGGAGGCGGGUCUGAGCGCCGGAGUCCAUGUGGGUGUAGCGCGGGGUCGCCAUGGCGGAGCUGCAGCAGCUGCGGGUGCAGGAGGCAGUGGACUCCAUGGUGAAGAGUCUGGAGAGAGAGAACAUCCGGAAGAUGCAGGGCCUCAUGUUCCGGUGCAGUGCCAACUGUUGUGAAGACAGCCAGGCGUCCAUGCAGCAGGUGCACCAGUGCAUUGAACGCUGCCAUGCACCUCUGGCCCAAGCCCAGGCCCUGGUGACCACUGAGCUGGAGAAGUUCCAGGACCGCCUGGCCCGGUGUACCAUGCAUUGCAAUGACAAAGCCAAAGAUUCAAUAGAUGCGGGAAGUAAAGAGCUUCAGGUGAAGCGGCAGCUGGAGAGCUGUGUGACCAAGUGUGUGGAUGACCACAUGCACCUCAUCCCGACCAUGACCAAGAAGAUGAAGGAGUCUCUCUUGUCCAUUGGGAAAUAGAAGUCUUUGCAACUGGCCAUCUGGGCUGACAGCGGGAAUCUGUUUAAAAAGAGAAAUGGGAGUUUUGGUCUUUAAAAUGAAGUUUAUGAAGAAAUUAAGGAUGGCAGCAAGUUUGGGGCAUGUGUCACUUGCCUCUGGACACUGGUUCCUUUAUGUUUCAACCCUGGAAAGUGAAAUGAAAAAAAACUGGUGCUAAAAUUUGGGUCGGAGACAGCACAGGAGAGUUUUUGAUAACCUAAAUUUCACAUGCUUGUCCUGGCACUAGGGAUCUCCCUUGUACUAAGCCAGAGCCCUCCAAGGUACCAGAUUCUCUUUAGCAUACAGGUACCAACAGGCUGGCAGGUUCCUGUAACCUUUCUGUGAUCUGAUGGUAUGAGCAGAGGUGUUUCUGUUUGUUGCCAACCUCCUGUUCACCAGAAGGGUCACUAAAUCGUUUUCCGUAGGCUGUAAAACAAAGUCCGUGAGGUCACUAAUUUAGAAGGGAAAAAAGGUUUCGGAGUCUUUGUUUUGCUUGGUUUUAUUUUAUAUACAAGGGCAUGAAGUUGACUUAAGAUGUGGCAUUGGGAAAGGUAGUUUGGAUAAGAACUUUGAACAGUUCUUAUGGAUAUCUGUUUCUGCCAAUGAAGAUGUGAAUAUGCAUUUCUCGAAAGAUGCAUUACGUCUUUCAGCUGGAAGACCCUGCAAAAACAUGAGAGGCGAUGUUACACUGGGUAUGGAGAGACCUUCCGUCUCACUGGCUGCCAUGGUGGGCCCUGAGACUGUCUGCAGCAGACAGGACAAUCUUACAGUGAUACUCUCCCUUGAAGGGAAGUGGGGGGGUUGAUUGCACUAUAUACCGGUAUCCAGGAAUGAACAUUGAAGGAGGAACUGUUGCCUUCUUAAUUAAGAGAAAUAUUAAGUGCUGGAUAUGGAAAAACAUGGUUUUUACAGAACAGAAUGGAAUGAAAUCCUAAACUCAGCAUUGCUUGUCUCUCCCCCUGAAAUAACAGAGCCAUAUCGAGACAAUCUCUUGGCAACAGGAAGGUCAAAGGAGAAAAAGUAAUCAACUCAGGGGUGAGCUGUGAUUCCUUUAAAGCAAAAGAGGGGCAAACCCCGCCCCUAUUACCAAAUACCACUUUUGCCUGGGGCCUUUACAGCAAGCAGUGUUCCUGCCCCAGCUCUAGCACCUUUUCAUUUUGAUAAGGACCUUAUUGUCUUUUUACCAUCUUAUUACUUAAAAUGAUAAUAUAGCCUGUGUUUGGUGUUUCAAGGCUGUGAUAUAUUUUCCUAGUGGUUCAGUUUUAAAAAAUAAAUAAGGUUUAGUUUUUCCUCCACUACUGUGUUUCUUGACAUAUAUCUGGGCAAUGAAUAUAUAACUUUCUUAGGAUGCUUCUCCUUGUAAUGUGAAAUAAGUUUCUUCAAAUAUCAUGAAGAGUGAAGAUUUGUUAUGAGUUAUGGUUCAAAUGCAGGACUGGUUCAUUGUAAAUGGGAGAAACUUUGAGGACAGGCACUAUGACGUAAAGUCCGUCAAUGUAAAAAGAAACUGUCUAUAAGGCUAAAAAAAGAAAUUCGAUAUGCAUUUCAGGUCUCUAGCUUCAACUUAACAGUAACAGCAAGAGGUAGAGGGGUAGUUAAGGAACCCUCUUGAGAAAAUGCAAUGUCUAGGAUUUUGAGUACCAAGAAUACAAACUAUGUGAUGAGUUUAACUAAGUCUUUACUAUCAUUAGUAUUAAAAUAGAUCCAUUCCUGAAAAUUAGGAAUGAAUUGAAUUUUGGACAAUCAUCCCCUCCCCUACUUGGAAUCACCAAGGCUUUACUAUUUUGGCCUAAGUCUUAUGUAACCCCAAUUUUAUUUAUCCAUAAAUGUGUAUUCCUCUGUUUUGGAUAACCUAACUGGGAGCAAGUCAGAGAUCACUUUUUACAUUUGAAUUGAUUUUUAAGUCAAGAGUGUCUCAGAGAUUACUCAUGUUUUUUAUAUAGGAGCAAGGUACAUUAAGUGGGGUUCUGGAGACAUUGUUACAAGAAUUGCAGGACUGUCAGGGAAUACACUUCCGCGCUAUAGAUUUAAAGUUCUUAGAAACUGAGGCCAAUCACCCAAGUUCUCUGGUGUCCAGAGGUCUCUAAUUGAUGUUACUGAACCCUAGGCUUACCAUGACAAUAUGUAGGAAUAUACGCCAAAGAAAUAUUAAGGGCCUGCUCCUCCAGAACCUAGAUUCACUUAGUAUAUUGAAGAAGAUAACCGAAACAAUGCACAAAGAAGGGGAUUAAGCGGUUUCGCCUAAAAGCUAGAGACUGAACCAUUAAGCCAAUCUUACACACGAGGAAACGGAAUUGAGACGCGAACUUGAGGCCCCACCCCUCACCCCUUCUUGGCCAAUCGCUGGCGACGCAACCGAAAGCUCGAGCCUGAUAGGCGAGUUAAGGCCUCCCCCUAAGCCGUAAGUAUCGCGAGGUAAAAUGUGAAAUCCGCCAACAAUGGAUUGGCUGACGGGAUUGGUGACGUCAGACGCAAAACGCCGGGCCUAACGCGGGAGCGUGAAGGACUCCACGAAUUCCGUUUGGAGGCAUCUUUGAGCUCGCCGAGUAAGCAUCAUGAGCAAAGCUCACCCUCCCGAGUUGAAGAAAUUUAUGGACAAGAAAUUAUCAUGUAAUUCGAGGAAAUAGUAUCAUCAUGUUAGAAGCCUUGGAACGAGUAUAAACAAUGGGUGUGUUCACCAGAAGAAACCAACUGCUUCCAUGUGUCCCCUUCAUAGCACCUGUUUUACUACAAUGUAAAAAUCAGGUCAUGCAUUUUCAUAUUGAACUUUUUUGUUAAAUAAACUUUUUUAAUAGUC